AUGUCGCCUUUACUCUUCAACCUCUAUGCAGAGGAGAUAUUUUCUGAAGCUCUUGAAGAUGCGACUGAAGGAAUUAUUAUAAAUGGGAGGCCCCUGAAUAAUAUAAGAUAUGCAGACGAUACCAUCCUCAUAGCGAGCUCAAUGGAGGAACUCCAAAGUUUACUAGACAGAGUAACAUCAGUCAGUGCGCAAAAUGGUCUGAAUAUUAACACCAAAAAGACCAAAUACAUGACGGUAGGACGUACACCGACCAUAGCUGCCCUCUACGUUAACAAUCAACCGCUAGAGAAAGGAAAAUUCAAGGCCGUCGAAGACCCGGUCGAAAAAGAACAUCUUGGGUCCAAAAUCUGA